CUGCCAGUUUGCAAGCAAUGCCUGGUCCACUUGGAGCAAGUGAACUUAAAGAGUCACGAUCUUUGCCUAGAAACCCACAUGGCUUCGGUGAGGUGGUUCAACUCUCAAAAUUCUUUGGUUAUUUCUCUAGUCCUGGCUAUUUGCAAGCAGUGGCUGAACAAAAUAAACCUAAAGAUACACCACCUUUGUUUGGAAGCUCACAAACCUUUGGAGGUGUACGCCCGAGUGGCCCUCUAGGGCAAACAGCAACAGAAGUUUUUCAGCAUACUGGAAUUUUUGGACACUUAUUACAGAGACCUUUUAAUUCAGCAAAAGAGGUUGAAAUAUGUGCUGCUGACAGAAGAAGUGAAGAAAAGUUGUCAUCAAGGCUGGCACAAUUGGACAGUAUGCAAAGACCAACUGUGGGAGCAGCAGCAAAUAUACAACCUCCCCCCCCUCCUCCGUGUCCUCCCCAUCAAGUUUUACCUAUAUCAACAAAUCAGGCAUCUGCUUCAUGUAGGGUUGAAAUGAGAAGUAAAAGAAGUGCACCAUCAAGUCUGAAUCGCUUCAGCAGGUUACAAGGAUUACCUGGGGCAGCACCAGCAAUACUGCCCACUCAUUCUCUUCUCCCAUAUUCUCCUUGUCCGGUUUUACAUACACCGGUAUAUCAGGCACCUGUGACAGCAGAUAUACCAGGAUUCGGUCUUCUUUGUAGCACUUCCGGUCAGGGAUUUCAUACAACAGAACAUCAGGCACCUGCUUCAUUUGUGCUUCAAAAGAAGAAAAUGAAAUGUAUGAAAUUAUACGAUUUUGGAGUUCCAAAGCAAAGACGUUCAGAUUUAGCUGAUCUCUCCUGGUCAUCCUUCUCUCCACUGCAGUAUCCGGAAGGAUACUGGAUGCUGACUCCACAACUCGGAAAGUUGUUAAACAUUGAUGUCAGUUAUUUUUGUGACAGUUUUCUCCAUGAAAGGGGCAUCUCUUCUCUAGGUUCAAGAGGAAAAGAAGAGGUCAUGAAGUUAAUUGCCACUCUCCUUGUACUGCAAAUUAUUCGUACUUAUAAUCUUCUGAGUGGCAUCACAUUCAAGACUUUAAUGAAACUGGAUCAGUGUGACACUGCAAGCAAAUCAUAUCCUGCUAUUGAAAAAGCUGUGAACUGGGCAGCUAUUACUGACAGACAGUACUCGGGCAUCUGCAGCCGACUUGGUUUGGGCAGGGACUGGGAACAUGCCACUCUCCAGUUACUAGGCAUAGAGUCUCCAUCUUCUGACCUCUCCUUGGCUUUAUACCAUUAAUAACCAUUAUAUAUAUCAUUAUAUUUUUUAUUUUUUUUAAUUGUUGGAAUUAUAUAGGCAGUUAAGGUGAAGGAAUUGUGCAUUUUAAAAUUUUCUCCUACAGAAACAAAAGAUAGUCCAUGCGAUCUAGCAAUCAUAACGUAAUUUAGCAAGUUGAUUUUGCUUAGCAGUAAGAAAAUAGAGAAUAGUGUUCCCUUUAUUUUUAGUAAUUAAAAUGAGCUGGGGCACAGGCAUAGUUAAAUCAUUAGAGGGCUGCUAGCAAGUAAGGAUGAGCUCCAGCGUGUUCGAAUGGUAAAAUUGCGUGUAUACGGCCCAUCGGUCUGUUGUCCUCCGGAC